AUGUCCACAAAACCAGCGGCUCUAUCAAUCUUACAGCAAUCACUAAACCUGCAAGAAAACGGAGACACUGAAAAUAGUGAAUAUGUCGUUCUCAACAUGCCCGCUCGCGUGUUCAAGGACUACACCGACGAAGAUGGUUAUUUCGCCGGUACACUAGGCACAAAGGAAACAAUCCCAUUUUUAGUGACUUUAUGUCGUCGCAAUCUUGAGCAAGAGGUUUCCGCUUCUUUACCCACACAACCUCCACCAGCAGCGAAUGAUCCCAAGUCCAAAACGCCUUUUAAUCCAUCCCGGCCGCCGGAUACGAUCACGCUUGUUUCAAUGUCCACGCCGGGAUUGAGUGGACAUCCCAGAACGGCGCAUGGAGGUGUGAUUGCGACGCUUUUCGAUGAGGCCAUGUCACACACCAUUGAAGCUCAUUUGUCGCUGUCGCCGAAACCAAGCACUGUUACUCGGGAGAGGGACGCGAUAUAUACAGCGCAAUUGAAUGUGCGAUAUAGAAAACCGGUGUAUACGCCGGGAUUACUGGUUAUUCGGACGUGGUGUAUUGCGCGGGAUGCUCGCAAGUUCUGGGCAUUAUCGAAUGCGGUUCAGGAGGAGCAGGAGGAUGAUGGAGGUCAGUUGGAGUGGGUUAAGAGGAGGACUAUUAGUGCAGAGGCGUCGUCUUUGUGGGUUGUUACGCGAAAUGAGAAGCUAUAG